GAACCCCGCACAGCUGGAUCCAUCUCCUUUACAGCAAAGUGGAUUACGCUUAGGAAUGUGGUACUGGAAAGAUGACACCAAAACUCUUGAAUUCAAAAGUUUUGCACCUACAGUAGAACUCAAGGAAAAAGGAAAGAAAGGCAAGGCAGUGCACUUUACAGAAGUGGAUGGCGCAGCUUCAGAAAGGUGGUUUAACUUGUACCCGCCCUGGGGCUGCCCGUGGUACCUCUCAGGGGAAUCACUGAAGUCUUCACAAACUCAAAAAAGAUCACAGUCCCAUUAUCCCAGCUGAAAUAUCCAUCGAGGAAAAGCACUCAUCAAAGGCACAGGGAAGCUACUGCAGCAUUGUGAUGGGAGUUACACAUGGUCCCUAAAUGUUGACUGACAAAAAGCUUUCUUCAAGAGAUGAGAAGUCCAUAAAGGCCUCAGAGAAACGAGGUCAGCAGGGCCACAUUACCCUGGAUGAUGUUAAGUUUGUUGCUUUGUUUUUGCUCCAAGACGCGGAGAUGCAGCGGAUCUGUUCUUUUACAACGUUCAUGCGAAAUAAGAAUCUCGACAUUUUCCUCAUGGCGUUAUUGUACUACUUGUCUUAUUUCUUGGAAAAAAAUUCACUGGAAAAGAAACCCAAAAGCUAUAUGGUGGGUCUUGUAGAGAAAAAGGAAAUGGAGCUGAUCUUAAGCAAGUUAGUAGCAGCCCAGAAAUACCUGGCAAAGAAGUACUGUAUCCUUGUGCUGGGUUUGGGCAUGCCAGAUAAGCACCACAUGUGCUGCGGAAAGGAUAAAAUGUCAGACACACAGAAAGACUGGAAAUUCUUUGAGUCCUUUUUUACUUUCUGUACAUACGUAGCUUGGAUUGUUUUCCGACGUCAACACUUGACAGAGAUUGAGGAAGAAAUAGGAAGGCUCUUCCGUACCAACAUGUUCAACAUGCCUCGAAGGAAGCAUGAGGAUGAAGAACUGGGAGGGGAGAAGAGGCGUAUGACUUUGGUACAAUUCAGGAGAAUGAUGGCUAAACGCCCAGCAAUUAAAAAAGCCAUCAACAUGCGCUCUCCAGUCAUGUCUACACUGCUGCCGUCUCUCAGGGAAAAAGCUCAGAACAUCGUUGAGAAAAAGUAUCAAGGGGGCGCAAGACGGUCGGCCUAUGCAGGGAAGCACACGGCGAGCCAGGACUCGGUACCCAUGCCAGUGGUUGGCAUCUUGGGGGAGCCGAGAUGUCUAUUCAACCCCCACACCCUGCUCCCCAUUGAACCAGAAGAAAACGCAAAAGCAUCUCGUAGAAAUUCUUCUCUGAUUGAGAGAAAUAGUGUGAGAAUUCAGGACACAUUGGACUUAGCCUUGAAAAGCCUGUCUCAAAUAUCAUUCCCUAAAUAACCUGGUACAUUCCAUGUCUGUACUCAAGUCCUUGUAUUGAAAUAAACUGCUUUGUUGUAAUUAAGUAGAA